UGUCACUGGUUUGUAUAAAAGCUUUACCUGUAGUAUAGGUCAUCAUUCUCGAGUCAGUCCUCGCAGAAAUUACAAUGUCGUCCGUAUCCACGAUUGUUUUGUGCGCUUCUGCGCUUUUCGUCCAGACCAUCUCUGCUGAGUGCCUACGCGCCCCUGCUUGGGAUGCGUGGAAGCCAGCGCCGGCCCCUAUCGCCUGGACCCCCAGCUGCGGCGCGGCCUACUACGACAACAUCAUCGGAUCUAACUUGGCAUCUGCUAGCGGCGGCGGCCUCGGUGUGAUCUCCUCCUCCCUCUACGCACCAAAUGGUCUUUCCGUACUGUCUGAAAAUGACAUUUCGGGCAUGCUUGAUGCAUCUGGCAACCUGCCCGUGCUGGCCGCCGUUGCUCUGGAGGGCUCUCUACCGACCAGCGGUUCGGCUGGAACCACCUACAGCUGCGGAAAUGAACUUGUGGGCAUCGACAGCGAAAGCCUUGCCGUUGCUGGCAUUGACGCUACGGGCUACCGCACCAACUAUGGCUCUGCUUUCGCCGCCAAUGCUGCCGCCGCUGCUGCAGCCAACGCUGCUGCCGCUGGUGCCUUCGGUCACCAUGCCUACGCUUCUCCCGCCGUCAUACGUGCUCCCGGCAAAUGCUACUGAAAAGAUAUUAUGAUCUACGUCAUCUGAAAUCCGAAAUAAAUAAAUUUUUAAUAAUCGCAAUAUA